UGCUAUGGUGUGUGGGGGAGUGUUGUGUCAACCUCGGUAAAGGUCGCACAUUGUCACUUCCUGGUUUUGGGUUGUUUUGGCAUCGGGCAAUCUACGAUGACGUAAGCAACGGGUUCUGCUUUUAGUCACUGGUAUGAUUUUAAAAGACGCAGUAUAUGAUACAGGCUGGGGAAGAUCUACAAUCUGAUAUGCACGUCAAUCUUAAACUAGGCGAAAAGGUUGUUGUGGUCAGGGACGUAUGUUUACGGGAUGGAUAUCGUCCCGUCGUGGAUGGUAGUUCCUGCACGUCUGGGACCAGAGUCAACUUCCACAUCGAGUCUGCCCUGUGGUAUAAGACAUUACUCCUCGAUUCUGUGUAUAUCGACUGUGAUGAACGCCAGGUUCACUGGCUGAGGAGGGAACAAACGGCGUUGAAGACUAUCGAUGAUGAAAUCGAAACACAGAAAUGUUUUGUGCCUGAGGGUGCUGAAAUGUUGCAUGGUGACAUUGAUGUUUAUGAUUUUGAUCCAACUGUCGAUGAGCUUGCAGACAAGGCCAAUGAUUGCAUGGCACUGUUUAGAGACAAGAAGAUGACAUGGGAUUCCUUCCUCACUGAAGUAACACGACUUCUUCAUUGUUACAUUUUCCCGGCUAUCACAUUCACCAUGGAAGACCGAGACACGUUACAGGAUGUCUUGUUGCAGGUGGAGAGUAAAUUUGAAAUGGUUGAAGCUGAGAUUUUAAAGAAAUCCAAAUCAGUAGAUAUAACAGAACAAACCUUACUGAAACAGCGGACACGAAUUCUGAAAAAUGAAAAUUUUGAAAGUGAACUUUAUGCGAGGUCUUGUAAGAAGGAAUUUUUAUCUCUUCUUUACAAUCAUCUGGAGAGAGAUAUCUUGAGGUUGAAUUCAGAAUUCGAAGGCACACAGCUUCAGGUUAACAGAUAUCGAGACUGUCAGGUAUCAGAGGGAGCGAUGCUUAAACUUGAAGACCUCAGAAAGAAGCGAGAUAAUAUUCAUGAACAUAUUGUUGCAAUGCAGACUGCAAAAGAAACUUUGAGAAAUGUUUUGUUCCGUCCACCAGUCAUCAAAAAGAAGAAACUGAAAAAGAUUAAAGUGAAAGAAAAUGUGUUCCAUGACAUCUACUUGGAGGUGAAUGACAGACUAAGACUUCAGAAGGAAGACUUACAAAGGGCUUGUCUUGUGAAGGUCAAAAUAUCCUCGGUGCGAGAGGCAAUAUUGGCAGCUUUCUCUGAGAUUAAUUCCUCAAGGGAUCAGUUGAGCCCAGUCCACUGCACAGAUGGUAGUGAGUUCUCUCUGGACAUCAUUGGUCUGAAUGACAAGCCAGAAGAAUGGAAAACACUGGAGGAAAAAGUCUACUCGCUCUUACAAAAUCAGAAGUCGCAUGCUUUCCGGAGACAUCACCAAGCAUGUAAGAUGAUCAUGGAUAAAAUUUCAAGUGCCAUUGAUGAAACAAAGAUGUUUGGUGCUUCUUCUGACAAUAUUGAAGGGUUGUGGCAGUUGGUUAACUUUGACAGAGCUUCCAUCAGUGAUAUUGAUGUGAGAUUUGUUGAAGCAACUGGCGGCUCAUCUCAGCGGAGACGACGAGGACAUGCUAAAUCAACAGUGUAUUCUCCUGACUUAGCUGAUGAAAUUCUCCCAAUGGCUGUCGAUGCUCUGAAGAAUUCACUAGAGAGAAUCAAGGAUGACAUCCGGUCUCAGAUGGAGGCAAUGUGUUGUUUACUUAUCAACAGUAUCCCAGAAUGUGCCGGCAGCCCAAAGAACAAGGUGUGGGUGUCAUAUGAAAAUGUGCUGUACACGGAGCUGUUGCCUCACCUGUGUAACCUGUAUGAGUUGACCCAUGCUCCUAAGUGUAUCUCCUUAUAUAGAGGCAUCACUCGUCUCAGCCUCCAGGAGCUGCUCCUUGAUGACAACAUCCUCAACAUCAUCCUCAGUGGACUCCGGUCUGGUGGCCAACCAUCUGUGUACAGGCGGGGCAGAAGUCUGACAGCAGGGAGUGAGAGCAGUGAGGAGUUUGAAAUACUCAGUCCCACCAGAAGUAGUCUGGCCAAGUCUUGUGUGAGUAUUGAGAUCAAGAGGUGUACUCUGGAGGAGCUAUACCAGAUCGCGGACCGAGAGUGUCACCAGAUCUCUGGGAGCAUCCCCAAUAUUUUUGAUGAAACCAACUGUGGGCCUGUUUCUGAUGGCGAUGUAUCGCCACAGAGGUCGUCUGCGACUGACAGCGAUGAACUUGCUGACAGUGAGGCUGAUGCUGAAGAGGAAUGUGUUGCUGAACAAGAUAAAGAACUUGAAGACCCCCGGGUUCUUUUGGAGGACAUGUUUUCUCCUGUCAAGCAGCACCUUACAUCAUCGUUCAGGGCGAAGACAAUCUUGGAGAAACUGCGUCGCUUGACCAGAGUUUUUCGAUCACUUGGUAGCCUGUUGUCAGAUCUGAACAAGAAUGGCCCCUUGGCCUGCUGUGACGAGAUGCUGUCCAUCAUCAUUGUGCUGUUACGAUGUCUGGAUGAAGAGAUGUUUGUGAGACUGUACGCCAGUGUUCAUCUCCUCAUUGAUCUACGAGCCCCCUUCCUUAAUGGCAGCGUCCAUGACUGCAGCCUCACAAACUUUUAUGGUGCCUUUGAUUAUUUGUUCACAAGUGAGUUGCGUAAGAAGCAGAUGUGUGACUGUCCAGACGAAUCCCAUGGAGAUCAUGUGACUAGGUGAGAGGUUGUUGCCCUAGUUAUUGUUCUGACAUAUCGAUGUUUCACAUACCUGCAGAAAUAUGUCUAUUUCAAGUAGAAUGACACUAGACAUAGAAGGGGGCCAGUUCUGAUGAAAAGUCUUCUUGAUCCUCAUCUAUUGUCAUCUCUGACACAACUGACAAGACAUGAGCAAACACAGUUUAUCUCCUGUGUGAAAGUGGGGCUGCCCGUCAUGCUGAGACUUGAGUAGCAGAUCGUGGAGCAGUCUUCUGCAAUGUUAAGAAAGAACAUGUAUAAUGUACGAAACUGGAAAUGUUAUGGAAAUGUUUUCUUCUUAGGAUCAUUUUUCUGAUGAUGUGAAAUGUCCCCCUUUGUUGAAGUUUAAAGACAUCCACAAUAGCAGUUGUGGUAAAAUCAGCAAGUCAUGAUCACGUUUCAAAAUUACUUAUAAAAAAAAGUGCCAAUGGCAUGGUUAAAAUCCUAAUGGCACGGUUAAAAUAAGUUCUGUUACCGUAAGGGCACAUUUUAAAGUUUAAUUUUUUUUAAAUAAAGCAUGCUGUGAAGAAUUUUAUUGUGUGAAACAAGUGACAAAUGUACUUCGCUGUAAUGACCCAUGAUACACAAUACAAGCAUGUUUGAUGAACAUCAUUCAAAUAACCUAAUUCAUUUUUUACUGAAAAAUAUUCUUGUGGUUGGCAGUUCAAAACGACAUAUUUAACAUCUUUAGCAAUCCCUGUAGUCUCCUAUUUUUCCCAUGAUAAUAAACUGUGCCUUGAUGUAUGGAAACAGAUGGCAAUUAUCUGAUGACAUUAAACAUACCUCUCUUUUUAUAUUAGGCCUGGGGGCGAUACACCAACUGUGCGAUUCAAUAUGUAUCACGAUACCUUACUUACGAUCGAUAUGUAUCAUGAUACUUGCAUGUGCUCUUAUCUGUGGUCCCUAAGCCAUCUUUCUCAUAGACAGGAUGGCCAAAUACCUGAUUUACAGUCAGCAGUGUCAAGUAUGGCACAAUGGAUGAAAAUAUUUAUGUUUUUUUUACUAUAAACUUACCCUACUAAUUAGCCUUUAGUACAACAGUUAUUAAGGCCAACAUUUACAGUAAGAAUCAAUACUUUUUACUGAGUGUGCGACUGUGAUCGAUACUUGUAUCGAGAAGUAAAAUAUUGUGAUCCACUGAUGCAUCAGUGUAUCGUCCCAGCACUGGUUUAUGUACUGCUGAAUGGAUGAUGUCAUGUGACUGGAAGCAACCAAUCAUCUCUUGAGCUUUCAAAUUUAUAUGUGCAAAUAUCUGAUUCAGAAACUUGUCACACUCGAUCUUCCAUCACUUUAAAAAAAAGAAGCUUGGGUCAACUUGAUUCCCCAUGGGUGAAGUCUUGAGUGUAGAGUUGGUGUGUAAAGUCCAUGUGUAAAGUCCCCUGUCAUUAUAUUAGUAGAAUAUCGCUCAAACAGCACACCAUCAGCUCUAGUUUCAACCCUGAUGUGUAGUGGGGUCAGGAUUCACCGAUGCAGCAAGGAUCUAUAUAUUUAUUCAGCAUGACACUAUAUUUUGUUAUUCAGACCAAGUUCUGAUGAAAGACAUGUGUUUAUGAACCUACACCUGGCAAUACUGAAAACUUGCCCAGCUGUCUUUCCAUGUUUUGAAGCUGUUUAGAUUUUCAAAAAGUAAUAUUUCAAAAUCUUUGUACUAACACAAUCUGAUCCCUACUCAUCAUGCUCAUGACUAUGGCAAAACCUAUAGUAACAAUCUGAUUGUUUAAUACCUUGAAUGCGAUAAUUAACCAGCUGUCAAGUUAAACACUAAAUAGUUGCCAGCCACAAAGUCUGGUUAGUUAGUAUAGAGAAGUUGAGCAAGUUAAGUCUUGGAAGAUGUAUCAGGACGUGAAACACGGCUUAGUUUCUGUGUGAUGUCCGACCAGGACAAUGUCUAUAUCCAACAGUACACUAUUCACACCAUCGAUGAAUUGCUGUGUUUUUACACCAAACUGUUUUAUAUCCUUUCAAGAGGAACUUUAACCAUCAGUUGACAACAUGUUUUUAUUUUUAGUUCACACACAUUAUUGUAUGAGGUGUGUUUUACUUCCUACAGAACUUAAAUGAAAGGAUAUGAAUUUUAACGUUGGCAGCUCGGAUUCCCAUGCUUCCUCAUGAACAGUCUUUGUUACAGAGUUGUUACUGCCGUUGAUCGGGACAAGAAUCUGUUGUGUCAAAGUGGCUUUAUUUCCUUUAUAUGUUGUCAUGGUUACUGUUGAGUUUGUUAGAAGUCUGAUCAGUGUUUAUUGUAGUUACUUGUACAAAACAAUGAUGUAUAUAUUUAUGCAGCAUGACACUAUAUUUUGUUAUUCAGAGUGUGUUUUGAUGAAAGACUUGUGUUUAUUACUUUUUAUGAGGAGUCUGUAUGGACUACUUGCUUCAAGCAUCACUUCUCUGUGGUGCCGCCUUCACUGUAGUAAGCUCCCCGCUCUAAUUAGCACCCUGACCAAAUUCUUGACCAGUUUGAUAGUAACCUUUAUAAGCACUCCCUUCUAAGACCUGACAGUUUACCUGGAAGGCCGACCCGUAAAGAUCCGGGGAAGAAUAGAUCUUCAGCAACCCAUGCUUGCCGUGAAAGGCGACUAUGCUUGUCGUAAAAGGCGACUUGGUUGAUGCAUGUCAUCGAUCCCAAUUGCGUGGAUCGA